UGGGGGAGGCGCUCUCAGCUCCUCCAUCAGAUCCCAGCCUCGAGAUCCUCCCACCACCUCCUGCUGCGCCAUGGGGAAUGUACCAUCCGCGGUGAAGCACUGCCUCAGCUACCAGCAGCUCCUCCGCGAACAUCUCUGGACAGGGGCGCUGGACUCGGCGCAGGAACCAUUCCAGUUAUCUGGAUUCCCUGAAUAUGUUAAAAUAGUAGAAGUUGGACCUAGGGAUGGAUUGCAGAAUGAAAAAGUUAUAGUUCCAACAGAUAUAAAAAUUGAAUUUAUCAAUCAACUUUCCAAAACUGGCUUGUCUGCAAUAGAAGUAACCAGCUUUGUGUCCUCCAGAUGGGUACCACAGAUGGCUGAUCACACUGAAGUGAUGAGAGGCAUCCAGCAACAUCCAGGAGUUCGAUACCCUGUCCUCACACCUAAUCUUCAGGGUUUCCACGAUGCUGUUGCUGCUGGAGCCACUGAAAUAUCAGUUUUUGGUGCUGCUUCUGAAUCUUUUACCAAGAAGAAUAUCAACUGUUCCAUUGAAGAGAGUCUGGGAAGGUUUGAAGAGGUCAUUAAGUCUGCAAGGCACAUGAAUAUUCCAGUACGAGGGUAUGUGUCUUGUGCUCUGGGCUGCCCAUAUGAAGGAAGCAUCACACCACAGAAAGUCACAGACGUUUCUAAGAGAUUGUAUGGCAUGGGCUGUUAUGAGAUCUCUUUGGGUGACACCACUGGAGUGGGCACUCCAGGGAGCAUGAAGAGGAUGUUGGAAAGUGUCAUGAAGGAAAUUCCACCAGGGGCUCUUGCUGUUCACUGCCACGACACUUAUGGACAAGCCCUUGCCAAUAUCUUAACUGCUCUCCAGAUGGGAAUUAACGUGGUGGACUCUGCAGUGUCUGGAUUAGGUGGCUGCCCUUAUGCAGAAGGUGCUUCUGGGAAUGUGGCCACUGAGGAUUUGGUAUAUAUGCUUAACGGCCUGGGGAUCCACACAGGCGUGAAUCUCUACAAAGUGAUGGAAGCUGGUGACUUUAUUUGCAAAGUUCUGAAUAAAACUACAAACUCCAAAGUUGCACAAGCCUCCUUCAAAGCUUAACUUGAACAGAUUUAUGACUUAAGCUUGAGAAGAUUCAUUUCAGCCCUAAUUCAUCUCAAAACUAUUAAUGCCAGCUCAUUCAGAAAUGUGAAUCAAUAAAAAGGAGCAGGGAAAGAAAAACUACUUUGAAUAAGGUCAUAACUGGAUCAACUAUGAAGUGAACGGAAAGUGAUACCGGUCACUAGGAGAACUGUAAGCUGAGAAUGAGUAGUAACACUUGUAGGCCCCCUAUUGAAUGUGGGAAAGCAUACUCAUUUGCUGUUAUAGAAAUAACUUUUUAAUUGAGUAGACAUUAGAAUUGACUUCAUAUUUUCCUAAGUAUCAAGAGCUGUGUUACUACUUCAUCAAGCUGGCUUACCACAGGGCACAUAUUGUCAGUGGUUCCUGAGCUCUAACACAAGACAGAGUGUGUGUCCGUACUGUGCAUUCUACUUUUUUCCAUUUGCCAAGUCAGUUAAGUUACAGACCAAGAGCCAAAUUUUCAUCUGAGUCUACAUAAUUUUUAGUAAUAGAGCUUCUUUAUUUCAUGUAUGUCUAACAUCUGUUAACUAUUGCAAUGACUUUAUUAUGCGCCAAGUGGUUGUGGUCAAUGGCAGUAUGCCAUAUCCUGAAAACACAUCUUGACCUCCCGUGUUUGUUACAUGCAACCAGUUUGCUGUACCAUACUUUUUAUCAUCUGUAGCAAAAACCAACAUGAUAUUAGUCAAAUAUAGAGAAAUUGUAAGGCAUAAUUUUUGUCCUGAUGUCUAAGUUACAGUAAUGAUAAUAAGUUAAUACUGUCCUA